UUAUUCCUGUCGACAGAAAAACAACCAAUGGCGCUUUACGUAUUUUCUAAAAGUCGUGACGUUUGUCAACAAAAAGUAGACGUGUGCAUUCCGUUCGCCGAGAAAGAAGAAGAAUGCACCGUUUAUGUUAUCAAAGUGAGUGUAGGUGAAAUUUGGUGGUUGGUGAAACAACGAUACAAAAACUUUGACUUGCUUCAUCAACAACUCGUCCUCAAUCAUGGACUUCGAAAAGAUCUUUUACCUGCUAAGAAGAUCAUUGGAAACAAAGAUCCAGAAUUUAUUGAGAGGAGACGAUCAGAUUUGGAAAUCUACCUGAAAAAAAUUGUUCAAUUCCUUGAAAAAGCUCUACCUCUUGAGGUGUGUUCUUUUUUUGAAUUUGAAGAAUAUGAAGUUUAUUCUCUAGUCAGAAAACUGGCUGCAGAGCUUUAUGUUAAUGGAGAAACGAAAAUUUUGUCAGGACAAACCAUAUCAAUGAAUCCUUUGCAGCUACAUGCUGUAACUCAGAAAAUUCAAUUACCUCGGUCUCCUGUUGAGCAGUUAAAUAAAGAACAGGAUUUUGCUCACGUCUUGGAUUUUCUGGCCAACAUCGAAUCUCUUGAAAUCGUCGGAAAUCGAGAUUUCUACAGAAACAGCAACUUAAUUUUGAACAAUCUCCCCUUUGAUCUCUCAGCUUUCAAAAGCCUCAAACAUUUGUGUUUUAACGGUGCCAAUGUGAGCAGCCUCAUCUGCGCGAGGAGUUUGAGAACCAGCCUUGAAACGCUUUCGGCUCAUUCUUGUGGACUCAAAUCAAUGAUUGAAGUCCUCGUUUGUGACAGUGUCCACAAAAACCUUGAGAUCAAGGUUGACAGUCCUUAUGCUUGGCGAGAGCUGGUUUCGCUUGAUCUGUCCGAGAAUAAUAUGACAGAGGUUAGUCCUGCUGCGGUCUGUUUGGUGCCUAAACUUCGCCGGCUAUGCCUCAACUGCAACGCCCUGGAAUCAGUGACCAAUCUGUCGAGCUUGUCGGCACUGGAGGAACUGAAUUUGUCCAACAACCGUAUCCGCCAACUACCCGAUCUCCACACAAAAUUAGGCAACGUAAAAUCACUUCUCCUCGCUCAGAAUCGCCUGACAAAUCUGGAUGGACUGGGAAAGCUCUACGGUUUAGUCACGCUGGACGUACGCUCCAACAAGAUUGCCGACUUGGAGACGAUUCGCCCGGUGGCUGCUUUACCCUGUCUCGAGGAGUUGACUCUAACAGGAAAUCCCGUCACGACCGUUUUAGAUUUCCGUACGAAAGUCCUCACCAUGUUCGGUAAAAAUGGAAAUCGUGCGAGCGAAGUGAGUUUGGAUAACGAAAAGGCCAUGCAAAAAGAACUGGACACAGUGGCCGUUCUCCUCGCCCUAUCGAACUCGGCCAAAAAGCUGUCCAUCAAAUGAUAAUACGUGCCAUAUAGCCCAGAAAAUAUUACACUAGCGAAAAUUAAUAGGCAAACUCUCAAGUCACCCACGAAGAUUCUCUAUCCUAUACUACUCACGUAUAAAACCAAAAUUCACCUUAUGUACGACAGUGAUCAUUCCUUGACCUUUCUGUGAUGGCCCCCCCGCAUAGACAUCUAUUAUGGUUCGACCUGUCCAGAGCGCCCUUGCUUAAUUAUAUUUAAGGAUUCUAUUACAACUAUCAGCUGGUAUGAAACAAUAUUAGAUUGUAUGUUCGUUACUCACUCCCAUAGUCAAUACAGCAUUUGUUUGUCAUCGA